AAGGAGCUCAGACUCAGAGCUGAGAGAAUGUCAGGGUAAGAGAGAGCACAAGCAAGGGAGACUGUAUAUACUGUAGCAUCAGUAUGUGAUUGCUGGUGCGGUGCCUGAUAAUACUGGUAUCUUGCUCUUGAAGUAGACAACACGCUGAGCUACCUUUUAGCAUUUGCAAGAGGAUACCAGCUCUUAACCAGUACAACUGAUAACAGACUGGACCUUGGAAUAGUUAAUUUAACUUAUAAUUGCAUCCCUUAUUGCUCUGCAUCUCAGAAGAAGCAGCUUAUUACAGAAGAAAAAAAUUCAUCCUAUCCCCUUAGUUCACACAGUACUGAUAAUACAGAGUUUCAUCUCCCAGGUUACACAACAAAUUCAAGGCAAGAUGACAAAAACACAGCUGAGCUAGCAAUUCUUCUGAAGAAUUAAAACACUGUCUUUGAGAUAAGGAGGCAGUAGGUUUGAUUUGGCAAGUUGUUUCGAAAAGGAGUGGAGAAGUGCCCUGUAACCACUGAACAAUAGAAAAUGGUCGUCUGUGGAGCUCUAUGGUGAAGACCUCAGAAGAAAUAUCAAUUUUUCCAGUCAGCUUUUCAUAAUGUAAAUAUAGUUUGAGCUUCCCCCAAUGGGCAGCUAAGCCAUGAACACGCAGAAAAACACUUGUUGGACUGUAUUUCUGAACCAAGCUUCACCUUCCAUCUCAAGAGAUUUUUAAAGGAUUACAGCUGAAAAAGACAAGAGAAAGAAAACCUUGAACAGGAACCUUAUCCUACAAUGAGAAUUACAAGUACAUCUUGUAUCUGCCCAGUCCUAGUUUGUCUCUGUUUUGUGCAGAGGUGUUAUGGAGCUGCUCAUCAUGGCUCCAUCAAGGUGACUAGAAAUCAAACCAAACACAUAGAAGGUGAAACAGAAGUACAUCAUCGUCCUAAGCGUGGAUGGGUGUGGAAUCAGUUCUUUGUUUUAGAAGAACACAUGGGACCAGAUCCUCAAUAUGUAGGAAAGCUGCACUCCAAUUCCGACAAAGGUGAUGGAUCAGUCAAAUACAUUCUUACUGGAGAAGGAGCAGGAACUAUAUUUAUUAUUGAUGACACAACGGGAGACAUCCAUUCAACCAAAAGCCUAGAUCGAGAGCAGAAGACGCAUUAUGUACUUCAUGCCCAAGCUAUUGACAGAAGGACAAACAAGCCACUUGAGCCUGAAUCUGAGUUUAUUAUCAAAGUACAGGAUAUCAAUGACAACGCACCAAAAUUUACAGAUGGACCAUACAUUGUUACUGUGCCAGAGAUGUCUGAAAUGGGUACAUCUGUUCUGCAGGUGACAGCAACAGAUGCUGAUGACCCUACAUAUGGAAACAGUGCCAGAGUAGUAUACAGUAUUCUUCAGGGACAGCCAUAUUUCUCUGUUGACCCUAAAACAGGAGUCAUCAGGACUGCCUUGCAUAACAUGGACAGGGAAGCCAGAGAGCAUUAUUCCGUUGUCAUUCAAGCCAAAGAUAUGGCUGGGCAGGUUGGAGGGCUGUCAGGGUCCACAACAGUCAAUAUCACACUCACUGAUGUCAACGACAAUCCACCCAGGUUUCCUCAGAAACAUUAUCAGCUCUAUGUUCCUGAAUCAGCUCAGGUUGGAUCAGCAGUUGGCAAAAUCAAGGCAAAUGAUGCAGACACUGGUUCAAAUGCUGACAUGAAGUACACAAUUAUAAAUGGUGAUGGUGCUGGGGUGUUUUCCAUAUCCACUGACAAAGAAACGCGGGAAGGAAUUCUUUCCUUAAAGAAGCCACUCAACUAUGAAAAAAAGAAAUCCUAUACACUUAAUAUAGAAGGAGCAAAUACUCAUCUUGAUUUCCGCUUUUCGCACUUGGGACCAUUCAAGGACGUAACAAUGCUGAAGAUCAUAGUUGGUGAUGUGGAUGAACCUCCGCUCUUCACUAUGCCUUCCUAUGUCAUGGAAGUUUAUGAAAAUGCAAAGAUUGGGACAGCCAUUGGCACUGUAACGGCACAAGAUCCUGACGCUGCCAACAGUUUAGUGAGAUAUUUCAUUGAUCAUAACACAGAAGAAGAUAGAUAUUUCACCAUUGAUGCUAAUACUGGAACCAUUAAAACUGCCAAGAUCUUUGACAGAGAGGAAACACCUUGGUACAACAUCACAGUGGCUGCUUCUGAGAUAGGGCUUUGCAAAGCACUACCAGAAUCCCGAGAUGGACUCACUGCUGGCCACAGAACCAGUGCAGUUUGUGGUGCCCUGAUCUACUCAGGAGACAAUCCUGGGCUAGUGAGCCAUGUUCCAGUUGGCAUUAGAAUCCUGGAUGUUAAUGACAACCCUCCAGAGCUCGCCAGAGAGUAUGACAUAGUAGUCUGUGAGAAUGCAAAGCCUGGUCAGGUAAUUCAGACCAUCACUGCAACUGACAAAGACAACUCUGCAAAUGGGGCCAGAUUCCAUUUUUCUCUUGAUGAAGGGCUUUCUUUGAAUCCCAACUUUACUCUAAGGGAUAAUGAAGAUAACACAGCCAGUAUCCUGACAAGACGAAGGAGAUACAGUCGAACCACUCAAGAUAUCUAUUACCUCCCAAUUUUGAUUUCUGAUGGUGGAGUGCCCCCUCUCAGCAGCAGCAGUACUCUCACUGUUCGAGUUUGUGCAUGUGAGAGAGAUGGACGUGUGAGAACUUGCCAUGCUGAAGCUUUCCUCUCCUCAGCUGGCUUGAGCACAGGAGCUUUAAUUGCAAUCCUGCUCUGCGUUGUCAUUCUUCUUGUUUUCUCUUUAGCAAUUGUGGUCCUUUUCAUCACCCUAAGACGUAGCAAGAAGGAGCCUUUGAUCAUUUCAGAAGAAGAUGUCCGAGAAAAUGUUGUGACAUAUGAUGAUGAGGGCGGUGGAGAAGAAGACACAGAAGCAUUUGAUAUCACAGCACUACGUAAUCCAUCAGCUGCAGAAGAGCUAAAGUAUCGGAGGGAUGUCCGCCCUGAAGUUAAGCCUGCACCCAGGCAUCAUCCCUCUUCAAGCCUUGACAGUAUAAAUGUUCAGGAGUUCAUUAAACAAAGACUUGCAGAGGCUGAUCUGGACCCCAGCGUGCCCCCAUAUGACUCCUUACAGACAUAUGCCUAUGAGGGUCAUAGAUCAGAAGCUGGAUCUAUCAGCUCUCUGGAUUCAGUCACGACACAGUCUGACCAGGAUUAUAAUUACCUUGGAGACUGGGGGCCUGAGUUCAAGAAGCUAGCUGAACUCUAUGGGGAAAUAGAAUCAGAAAGAACAACUUAGCUGUAAUUCCCAGAACAGAGAAGUUCCUAAACAGCUGGAGAUAGAACGACAGUGUGGUAACAGCAAAUGAAUACAGUACUUGGAACUGAGCAAGUUGUACACAGUUACUGUAGAACAAGUGCCCUUUUCAUAUUUGAAACUGGGUUCUCCAAUUGGAAGAAAGUAAAAUUUUGAAAAAUACAGAAAAAAGAAGCAGUUGUCCCUUGUGUAUAUUUUUAAUUGCUCAAUAAAGUCUGUGGUACUGUAUCAGUAACAGUACCUAAAGUAAAGCUGGACAAUGACACUUCUAUUGCAAUAUGCUUAACGUCUCCGAGCUACAGUACAUUUCUGAUCAUGCCUGUUUAGGAACAUAGCUAAUGGAAGAGUAAAUCAUUUGCAGAUGGUUUUGAGGUUGCCUUGCUAGCUGUGCCCUAGGCCUUGUGAUCCCAAUGUGAGGUAGCUAAUGGGGUUUACAAUCAGUGUGAGAAGUCCUAGGAGUCAUUUUCCUUUAACAGCAGGAAUAAUCCACACCUGUCCUCUAAAAUAAAUGGUCCUUUGAUGGUUUAAUCUAUUUGAAUUAGCCGGUUGCAAUGUGAAAAUGUCAUUUCAUUAUGUCCCUCAUGAUCUUUUUAUCUCUAACCAGCUAGCAGAGGGAGAGCAUCAUUAGCUGCCAGUGCAAACACAGCUCUAGACCAUAACCCCAGACCCACUCCAGAAGAAGUGUUGUUUUCAGUGUAUGUGCUUUUUGUCUUUUCAUGGGAACAUCAUUCAUGUAAAUGAAUCUGAAGUACUCUUUAUACAGCAAAGAAGAUAAAGCAUAGGUUCUUUCAGUAAAAACAAGAAUGACAGCACAAUAAAGUAUGCAGGUGUUCAGUUCACUGUGCUUCACUUAUGGCAAUAGACGGAGCUUUUGAAGUCUUUUGCUGGUCCUAAUCCAGGAGCUGUAACAGUCACUUUAUGACAGAGUUCUUGAUCAUAAUGUGUCUAUUUUUGUAUGUGUCUAAUAGCAAAAUAUUGCUGCUGGUAAGACACUGGGAUAGAGACAGCUUAAACAAGGAGAUGAAAAUGAUUAUGAUUGUUUUCUUCUUAGUUCAUUACAUAGAUAUUUGAUUUGUCUUAGAGUAAUUUCUGUGUAAGCAGAACAAACUCUUUUUCUCACUGUUUCAGACAUAAUGGGAAGAUAAACAAGGAAGUGGAGGGUGAAAGAAAUGUGUCAUUUUGGAUUUCUUACAGAUGAAAUAAAUUGGUCUUUUAUGUUAUUUAUUUAUUUAUCUAUCUAUCUAUUUAUUUAUUUAUUUAUUGCAGAACUUGCUCUUUAGACUUCUUACUGUCUAUAAGAUCUGUUUCCUUUUGGUUUGUUUGAAGCUUUAAUCUUUUGUUUCUCUGUCUUCUGAUAAUAUGUCUUCUGAUAAUGUGAGAGGACAAGAACAUAGUAUCCCAUGUAGGAUUUUGAUUGAAUAGGUUCACUAUCUACUGAAGUCUUCUGCUUUUAAAGUGAUUGGAGCUCUACUUAGAGAUGUGGGCUUUUACAAUAUGCAUUUCAUAGAGAAACUGUUCAGGACAGAAGCUAUGUACUCUCUGUCUACUUUGGAGAGAUUCAGAUUGGCAGAGAAAGAAUUGCCUACAAUCAUAGAAUCAUUUAACUUCAAAAAGACCUACAACAUCAUCAGGUUAGGUGUUGUCACCUAACAAAGCAAGUCCACCACUAAACCCCGUUCCUAAGUAACAUACCCACAUGUCUCUUAAAUAGCUGUGGGAAUGGUGGCUCCACCACCUCCUUGAGCAGCCCCUAGCAAUGUCUAUCUAUCCUUACCAUGAAUAAAUUUCUCCUAGCAUCCAAUCUAAACCUCCUCUGAUGCAACCUGGGACUGUUGACUCAUGUCCUCUCACUUUUCACCUGAGAAAAGAGACCAACACCCUCCUCACUGCAACUUCCUUUCAGGUAGCUGUAGAGAGCAAUGAGGUCUCCCAUCAGCCUCCUUCAGGCUAGGCAGCCCCAGUACCCUCAGCCACUCUUCAUAAUUCUGUUUUCUGUGCCCUUCACCAUCUUCUCUGCACUUUUCUGAAUGUAUUUCAAUUCUUGCUCGUCCGAGCAGAGUCUAUCUUUACACUGACCUACUACGAGCCACACUAGUGAACCAUUUAGUUCUUUACAGUCUAAGUAGGUAAAUUCUGUCCAAUUUUUUAUCAGUCCCACUUUGAGAAUUUUUACUUCUUACAAUACACUUCUUACCAGUAAGCUGUUGAUGGCUUUUGGUUUACACAGCCUUCUGGAGAAAUAAGCUUUGAAAGAAACUUCUCAAAAACUGAUAUAUAUAUUAGUCGCAGUUACUUCCAGAGUUGUUUUGUUAACACACUGUUUUCAUUUCAAUUUGAAAAUUGUACUGUUUCUAUCAACAACAAAAUUCACAAACCAGUUUAGAGGGGAAAAAACUCCCAGCCCUAAGAAGUCCUACUGAUGAUUUGAGAGUAGUUUUGUAAUUUUGUUUUAUAAUUUCUACCAAAUACAGAAUCUUCUAGUAAUACUUUUACUGAAGGCAUCCUCACUGCAGAAUACAGUUUAACAGCUGCUUUGAAGCAGUGACCUUUGUACAUAAGCAGAGAAUGCUUUAUGUAUCUUUAUUGAGGGUAGAGAUAGGAUGUGUUUCAGUUUCAUCCCAAAUAAAGCGACUAGAAGUGCAAGUUUUUUUUAUGAGGAUACAUUUUCUUUUGAUUUAGAUUGCAUACACUUUCUCUGACUUCUCAGUUUUUAUACGGUAUGAUUAGAGUGCUAAGAAGAAAAUCUUUAAACAGUGGUAGUAUCAUGAUUCAUAAUAGUUUGUACUGCUUGUAUAUUAGAGCAGCAUUCAUUGUUGUACAAUAGUUUUGAGGGCCAGUGUUGGUUAUCUAUUUGGCUGUUCCUGCUUACCCUACAUCAAAGCAGGGGAAAUCAAAUGCGUAUUUUGCUUAAAGUAGUACUCCAGUCAUUGUUUUGUUUUUGUUUACUUUAUAGAACAUUCAGGUUAAAGCCAAGAGAAGUUAAGUGUGGCAACACAAACAGUCACUCUUUAUGCUCAUGUUCUGAUUAAGUUAAUGAAAAGAGGAGGUUGUAUCUCACAGAAUUAAGAAUCCUUUUCACCAUUCCUGGUGCUCUCUUGCUGCUAUACAACAUGUACAUUUUACCCAAAGCCCCGGGGGUUCUGAAUCAUUUAAAAUUCUGCAGGGUUAUUGAGACUGUACUUCAGCAAUGCUGCAGUGUGUCAUGUUUGGUUUGCCCUAUCCAGAGUGAUCACCAAAUGUGCUUUUCUGUCAUGAUAUGUCCGCAUGCUUGCUAGGCUUACUGUUUUUUACUCAAAUGCACAUUGCUGUGUCGUGUUAUUUGCAUGACAAAUAGCAGAAUACUGAAUCAUCAGGGCUACAGAAGCAGACCUCACAAUGCAAAAAAGAACAUAUUUUCAGAUUUAUUUCCCUUAUCCCACAGAAUUUUCCUUUGAUCUUUUGUGUCCUAUGAACAAAUUUAAAAUGCAUUUGAGAGUUUCUAUGUUCACAUUGAUUAAACUGAAAUAAAACUGUGUUCCAUGGAAGGUACAGUCAUUUUGUAGCGUUGCCAAUUUAAAUUCAGUGUAAAUUCAGUGACAGUAUUGUGGGAAAAUCUUACCAGGAUUAUGUUUUAAGUCUGAUUGUAUGGAUUUUGCUUAAAGCUUUCAUAGACCCUUUGUAUACUCAUGCUCUCAGAUAUGUUCCCAUUACCCUAAAUAGUAAUCCUGUUGUCAGCGAACAACUAAACGCUGAUAACUGCCAGUUUUAUUUAAGCUGGAAGAUGCAUGGUAACAUUAAAUGGCACAUAGAAAGGGAUGCUUAAGAGAUUUGAGAUGUAGAAUUUUAAUUCUGCAACAGCUAUUGAAAUAAUCAUGCACUUACACUCAAUUAUUUUGUCACAUUACCUCAAAUAAAUUCUUGUAACAGAGGGGGCACAUAUUAUGCUGUAAAGGAUGUCUUAUCUGAGAAAAUGGUCCUACUCGUGUAGGAAAUGUGCUGUAUGUACAAUACAUUGUAAACCCAAAAAGAGUAAAAGUGUGAUUUAAUGCAUUUUAAAGAAGAGUUGUAAUUCAGCAGGUUUCAAAUUAAGAUUCAGAGACUGAAAACAGUUUGUUUGUCAGUGUUAUCAUUUAUUCCAUAAACACUGAAAACUGUAAAAGUCUAAAGUAAUUUCACUGUUAUGCACUUUAUGUUCUGCAUUUCUUUGUAGAAAAUCAAAAUAUUUGUAAACUUUUUUUCUUUUUUUGCUGUUGUUUUCAAGCUCUAAUCGAUGCAGUUAUUUCAAUUGCAAAUAAUGUGAGAAAAUGUCUAUGUGAAUAUUCUCACUGGUGUUUAAAAGGAAUUGCAAAAUUUCUGUGCUCUAAGCCUUUGUAAAGUCAUCUUUUUAGAAAAAAAAAAAUACAAGUCUUGGACCGGUCUGGAGUUAACCAAACUCAUAGACUCACAUGAAAGUAACAUUCUAUACAUGGAGGAGAGUAUGAAAUUAUGCUGCCUAAGGUAACUCUGUGAAUUAUAAAGUGCUAAGACCUUGUACUUGCAGUACAUAUAAAUGGCACGGUGCAUUCUAAGGAACAUUUGGAGCGUGUUGCAAGUAUUGGGCCAUCCUUAUUUUUCCAAAGUCUCCAAAAUAUAUAUUUUUUUUAACAAAAGAGUAAUGUAAAGUAUACCUCCUUAUGCAAGUGUUACUGAUAGAAAUUGUUACAUUCUCCUUUAAUAAACAAAAGGGACAAAACCUUUUAUUCGUAUUUUUCAAAUAAAAUAUGCUCUUUGCUAUGGUGAUGGGUUAUUGUAUUCCACAUCACAAUUAAAAUGGGUUAUUUUGUCUUCA